UAUUUUACAAAACCCUCUUAUUUCACUAGGCUGGCUGAUAACAUUAUAUUUGUAUUUCAUUCGAAUAGGAAACCCAGGAUAUGCUCAAAUAUGUCGUAGACGAAUUAGACAAACUUAAGGCAUCUCUUGAAGAAGUUAGAGACAUCGUAAUAAUGAAGACAAGUAGAAGACAUAUGGAAUGGGCUUUUCACUCAGCCAGAUUUGGAAGUUCAAUACAGGGCAUGUGGAAGCCAGCUAAUGACAAUCAAGCAGAAUGCGAAUUACCAAAACAAUCCUACUCCAAUCGAAUAUUACAGACAUCAACGUUUCAUGGACUGUUUGAUGAUAUUCUGACUUCACCAAGUUUGAAGCCAAAUGACGACAAUGUCAGUGAUGAGGAGUUAUCGCACAGUACGAGUAUGCAUCUGAAUUAAACAUUACCCAUGAGAUGGAAUGCGUACAGUUGUUUUGUUUUGUUUUUGUGUGUUUUUUUUAAUUUACUUUAAUUUUUUUUUGCAAAAUAUUUAUUUAGGAUACAAAUAAUCCAGUUGACGAAUGAAAACAAAUAAUAAUUCAGAAUGGUGUACAGGUACCGGAAUGUCGAAACUGAAGAGCUUCAAGUUAAAUGCUUUAAAAGAUCUGUUGUUAAUUAAUUUUGAAAGCAGUUACAGAUGUUGAUUCUUUGUAACUCUGAAGCAAAGGAGAAUUCCUACAGCGUGCUCCUACAAUUUUAAAUGAUUGUUCCAUCUUCGUAAUUUUUGCUUUGAGAGAAACACUAUUAAAAGUAGUAGCUAUUCGAGUAUACUGGCCAUGUACAUCAUACACUAAAUCAACGUCAUUUGAAAGACGACGGUUCCUUGGUUCACACACGGACACUCGGAAGCAAGAAAGUAACAGCACAGGCAUGUCAAAGCGUUGAUUGCGUUUGCACCAAUACGCGCCUAAAAGUUUUCCAUACUAAAACAUUGUAUGUAACCUGUGUGAUGUACCUAUAUAUUGGUAUGAUAAUGUCAUAUUACACCCAAAUAUGGGCAUACAACAUAUAUUUUUCACAUAAAAUUUGAUAGUGCGGACGGAGCUUUAACAUUAUACAAUUGACUGCAAUGCAUCAUGGACAAAAUCAUCCAAUCUUAAAUCCAAAUAAGGAAUGGAGAGUAGUUUACCACCUUUAUAUGUUGGCCUAUAUGGUAUGUUUUUCAGGAUAAAAAUAAAGAUGGUGCCUUGUUCACAGAGAGCCACUUAACUAACUACGAUACAACUUUAUGGUAAUACAGCUAAAGAAUUUCUCAUUAUAAUAACUUUAUAAUAACAUUACAGAUUUGAGGUUCAAAAUGUUUUUUUUUUUUUGUUUUUUUUUUUGUUUUUUUUUGUAGAGGCACAAGUGCGUCGAAAUAAAGUUGCUGCAACGUCACCACAACACUCGUGCAUGUUACAACAAGGUUUUGUGUUUGCUGGGAAAAUGUUAAUUAAGUAAUAAUUUAAUUGUGAAGAAUUGAAGUGUAUCAUAUUCAAAUAAAAUGAAUUCGACAGUUUUUGUAAUAAGGAAUUGACAGAUACAUUUAUAAAAAAGAAUUAAGAUGCAGUCAGUUCACAUGCUAUAAACUCACAAAAAUGCCCAUGCGCAUGUAAGAUACUCGAAAUCAGCUUACUAGUAACUUUAAAUCUCAGAUCCACAGACAAUUCGUACUGUUGGAAGGAUGAAAUAAAUAUAGUUCUCCUGUCCUUAAGCUAAGGGGUGAUAUGAGCCUUCAUUCAUAUCUUGAUAUCGACGAGGGCGUAUCCUUAUGCUUCGGUUAGGGUGCUGGCUUGGCAUGGAACUUUCAUUUUUAUAUUUGUAUUUUUUCACAUAUCCAAGAUUCACUGCACCUUAUUUUACAGCGCAUAGAGACCUUUUGUAUGUUGCACUUUAUAAAACUAUCUACCAUUAAUCAUUUAAAAAAAUGCUUGCGAACGAAUAAUCGUUGUAGUAGUUUUACUGAAAGAUUUUUUCUUGUAGUAAAAGUGUGUAAAUAAGCGAAAACUGAAUUUGUGUUUUAUUGGAAGUUUUGUUUUACCUUUUCAAUCAUAUCACAAUUGUAUAUCUAUUCAUCACCCAAAUC